AUGGCACGGUGUUUCUCCUGCGUUGGGAAAAAGAAGAAGAAUACUAAUCAACCAUUGGAAAUCAAGGAAAAUAUUUCAAAGCAAAAGAAAAAGUCAAGCAUAGUUUUUAAUGACGACUCAAAACUUCCAAAUGACGUAAACAACUCGGAAUCGUUAACAAACGUCGAUAAUGUCUCGUUGGAUACUUUAGUGAUCUAUUUCAAAGAAUACGAUUGGAAAUCACGAACAUAA